CGUACAGGUUGGCGGGUCGCGAACAACGAAGACAUCCACCAGGUUUUUUAUCCUCCACCACAAAAUUUUAUGUUUUGUCUUCCCUUCCCCACUCCUCCUCCCCAGUAUCUUGGCUAUUCGAUACCACAGUGCUGAGCGAGCACUUCUCCGACGCCUGCAAGCUAGUCCAGCUCAAUCAAACACCCGCGACCGCCCGUGACCGACAGCGCAUCCAACACCAUCAAUAAACCAAACACCACAGAUCACACAGAGACAACUCGCUCGCAGCCAUGUACGUCCGGCAGGAGAAGCUGCCGGGGCUCAAGGAGUACAAGUACUCGUCGGUUGACCGGUCUCUCACGUCCAAGUACAUCCUAAAGCCCUUCUACACAAAUGUUGUUAUAAAGUGUUUCCCCAUGGCCAUGGCGCCCAACCUGAUCACCCUCACGGGCUUCAUGUUCGUCAUCUUCAACUUUUGGACGCUGCUCUGGUUCAACCCCACCCUCGAUCAGGACUGCCCUACAUGGGUCUACUACAGCUGGGCUAUCGGGCUGUUCCUGUACCAGACCUUUGAUGCUGUGGAUGGCUCACAGGCACGCCGCACACGCCAGAGCGGACCCCUCGGAGAGCUUUUCGACCACGGCGUCGAUGCGCUCAACACCUCCCUCGAGGUCCUACUCUUCGCGGGAUGUAAUAAUCUUGGCCAGGGCUGGAAAACGGUUGCGAUGCUCUUCUGCUCGCUCCUGACCUUCUAUGUUCAGACCUGGGAUGAAUACCACACCAAGACGCUUACCCUCGGGCUCAUUAACGGACCCGUUGAGGGUGUCUUGAUUAUCUGCGUCAUCUACGCAGCCACCGGUUACUUCGGCGGCGGGCACAUCUGGGCCAAUUCGCUGUUAGAGACGAUCGGCGUUCCUCAGCUGCCGUUCAUCCCGGACUUCGUCUACAACAUGUCCUUCUCUGAUUGGAACUUGGUGCAGGGCUUCGCGGUCCUGUGCCUGAACACGCUCGAGUCCUGUCGGAACGUUAUCAAGGCCCGACGAGCGCGCGGCGACCGGAGCCGCUACGCAUUGGUCGGCCUGAUGCCCUUCUUUGUGACCUGGGCCCUGGUCGUGUCCUACCUGCUCCUGCAGCCCAACAUCCUGCACAACCAUCUGGUGCCAUUUGCCCUGUUUUGUGGUCUGGUCAACGCCUACUCUGUCGGGCAGAUAAUCACCGCCCACCUGGUCAAGCUCGACUUUCCGUACACGAACGUGCUGGUCCUGCCGUUGGCCUACGGUGUCUUCGACUCCCUCGGCCCUUGGCUGCAGUAUGAGUUUGGACACCCCUGGCUCGGCUGGCCCUCCGCUCUUGGUGAUGAUGUCUACCAGGUUGCCUACAUGUUCCUUAUGUUGGGAGUCUCAAUCGGUGUGUAUGGAUCCUUCGUCGUGGAUGUCAUCGUUACGAUCUGCGACUAUCUCGACAUCUGGUGCCUGCGUAUCAAGCACCCCUACGUGGAGCCUGCCGCGAAUGGGAAGAAGGCGCAAUAGACGACAAACCGACCAGUCGUAUGGCGAGGUGAGAACAAGGCUGUGGGUAAAGAGGAUAACGAGUCGCCGUCCAGGAAACAGGCGACAUGCGUCGCUGCGUGCGUUGUUCGUGCAGCUGCAGCAUCGACUAGUCACGCAUUGCAUGCAGUCACGGAUGUUCCAAUCCGGCCACGUCGACCCACAUGAUAUUUGCAAGCUGGCAAUUCUGUAACCACGCAUCUGUCCGUCGGUGUGAUGGUCUCAAGAUAUUGAAAGGCUGCAGAUGGACUAGGAAACCAAGAAGGCCACCCGGCCCUUUCUGGGGAAACAAAGUAAUGAGUGUAAAUGCGGAGAUCUGACACAUGAAUAUGAUGAUACGGGUUUUACGACAGGAAAGUUUAGGUGUGUAACUGGGGCAUAGUUCUUGGCGGUUAGGCGUCAGAGACGCUGUGGGAAACGAGGGAACAUGAUGGUCUUAAUCUUGUUGUUAGAGAUGUACAUACAGAAGGGCGAGGCCUUCAGAGACCUCGGUGAGAUUGCAUGUUUUCCCUCUCGAGCAAGGUCUUCCACCGUUUUAUUACCUUUGUACCCUGCGUGGUGCAUGUAGGACUGCACAUCAUACCACAAUAGUUCAGACCAAUUCAGGCG